GUGGCGGCACGUCUUUUAGCGUGAAUGGCUAUUGUAUAUAUUCGCCAUCGUGUGCCGCAACAAGUUUCUUCCUCCCAACAAACCCCUCGUUGUCUCCCGUCUAUCUGUCCGGUUGCAAGGCUGCUGCGGCUAGCGAUCUUUCUUCUCCAUUACCCAUGUGCCUUUGUCCGAGGAAGAGACAGCUCUGCUCUGCCGGCUUCUGAGCGUGGAUACGAUUUGGUACCUACUGUAGGUAUGUUCUUUCACCAGCGUUGCAGUAGCUUGUCGGUCCCUCCACCCAACCAUACCACAGACAGCAGCUCGACACGACCCCGCCAUCUCCCCGAUUGGACUGCCGCACGACCCUUUGACCAGUACCACGGCAUCUUGAUCUCUUGCUCGAAUUUUUUUCCCCUUCUCACUUGUCGGCUUCUGACGCUGCAGCUAAAAAAUUUAAAUAACCAUAGGAUCCCGCCCGUCAACCGGAUCGUCCUCUCCUCUCUUCACGAUGGGCGACAUGGCGAAUGAGAUAAAAUUGCUUUCGGGCAACAGCCAUCCGAGCCUGGCCAAGGCUGUGGCCGAUCGGCUCGGAAUUGAGAUCGCGAAGACGAUGAGCCUUAAUUAUUCGAACCAAGAGACGAGCGUCACAGUCGGCGAAUCAGUUAGAGAUGAAGAUGUUUUCAUUAUACAAUCGACCGCGCCGGGCGAUAUCAAUGACGGGCUCAUGGAACUUCUAAUCAUGAUCCAUGCCUGCCGAACAGCUUCCGCCCGCCGGAUCACCGCCGUCAUUCCCAACUUCCCCUACGCCCGCCAAGACAAGAAGGACAAAAGCCGAGCGCCGAUUUCCGCCAAGCUCAUCGCCAACAUGUUGCAAACUGCUGGCUGCAACCAUGUUAUUACUAUGGAUCUCCACGCUUCGCAGAUCCAAGGUUUCUUCAACGUCCCGGUCGACAAUCUGUAUGCCGAACCCAGUGUCUUGCGAUGGAUUAGGGAAAACCUCGCUGGCCAGGAGACGGUCAUCGUAAGCCCGGAUGCUGGUGGCGCAAAGAGGGCCACAUCCAUCGCAGACCGUCUCGACCGCGGCUUCGCCCUCAUUCACAAGGAGCGCCCGCGACCUAACGUCGUCGGCAGGAUGGUCCUCGUCGGCGACGUGGUGGACAAGGUGGCGAUUCUGGUCGACGACAUGGCAGAUACUUGCGGUACUCUCGCUAAGGCUGCAGCGACUGUCAAGGACCACGGCGCUCGCGAGGUUAUCGCCGUCGUCACCCACGGCAUCCUCAGCGGCGACGCCAUAAACACCCUCAACAACAGCUGCCUAAGCCAAGUCGUCGUCACGAACACCGUGCCCCUCGGUGACAAGGUUCAGCGGUGUAAGAAACUGAAGGUCAUCGACGUGAGCCCUACGAUCGCCGAGGCUAUCCGGCGCACCCACAACGGAGAGAGCGUGAGCUUCUUAUUCACGCACGCCCCGGUCUGAUGUGCUUACUCGUUGGACAUGUUGGGAGAAGGUGAGGUCCACGAAGAUUGAAGAAGAAAAGAAAAAGCAGGCGCGAGCCGACUCGCCAGGGAUGCGCGUUACCUACCUAAUGGAUACAGUACACGUCUUUUUUUCCGCGGAGUUUUUCGUCAUUUUCAUUCAUAUUUCAAGAGACUGCAUCGGGGACAAUUGAUACACGCAACGAAUAUGUCGUACUGGUAAAAUAGGGUCAUACGUACAAGCAAGGAGUUAACUCUAUAUAACGUUAUUUAGUCUUGACACUGCUCACUACUAGGAGGUAUCUGUGUCAAACGCCUUCAUCGGCAGUUACAGAAUGAGUUACGGAGAAAUGGGUCGGGAGGGAGCAUCGUGUCACCAGCAUUGAGAAUGUGUAUGGAAUGGCGUUACGAAAUAGGCAUCUUAAAGUCA